AUGAUCCAACUCAGUCACUGCCCUGAAACUCGCCACGACGGCCACGAUCCCGUGAAGGGCUUUGCUGCACCGAGUGCCAAGGCACCCGUACCGCCGGCGCAGGCGCUGCCUGGCUCUGACCAUCUCAAGCUGCACUAUGACCGCAGAUGGGGCUCUUGGCGGUCCAAUGCGGUGGGGGUGGUGGCUGUGGUCUGGGCAGACAUGCAGGUGGAGAUGGAGAAUGGGCUGGGGCAACUGUCCAGCCUGAUACAGGAGAUAAGAAAGAGACUCUGCGAGGCCUUUGGCAAGGAUGCAGUGGUUGGGGUUGUGGACGACCACUUCUCCGAGCUAAAGCGGCUGUUCGUGUGCCUGCUGUGCCACAGUGAAGAGUGCAUCGAGCAGCGCAAGCUCUGGAGACCUUUGGAGCUGCCGGGGGUCAAGGUGACCUGGUGCGACACCAUCGACAGUGGAUCACGACAGCACAUCCCGCGGCUGGAGACGUGUUGGAACCCGGAUGGUUUGCAGAUAGAUGGGAUGAGUUUGGAGCUCCCCAACCGCUGGGUGGUGUUGGAGACGGCCGGGCCGAACAUUUGCCGCGUGGGCUCCCACUGGUACGACUUCGCGCGCAUCUUUGGACAGGUGGCUGAGGCUUGUUUGGUCCCGACUAAAUCUGAUAUCGUGCAUCUUGUAGUGCGCUAUCUCGACAGCGGCGGCCGUGGUGCGUAUUCUGCCUUCAAAGCAUUGACAGGGAAAGCCCUUUACAAUCCUUUGACAUCCGUUCACGGCAAAGACAUGUGUGUCCUGCACGCGGUCUAUGGCACUUACUCCAGCCUAUUGAGGACAGCCGCAAGAGGGAUUUUGCCGUCGAAACGCUUGGAGUGGAGCAGUCAGGUGGUAGCUUUACCGAAGAAGCCUGCAAAGUUCCAGGUGAAAGGUCCUAUCUAUGAGCUGUAUCCGUUGAAGCGCUCCAGCGUGUCCCCUUCGGAGCUGUUGAGGAUAGCUCCCUGGGGUCCGGCAAAGCUGCGACUGGGAAAACAUCGCAAGUGCCACCUGUGCAUUCAGGACGAAUCAGCGGCUGUCUCCAAUGCACAUGCUGAGCUGUGCUUGAUGGUCCCCUUGGACUAUGAUGGCGUAGCAGAUGCAACGGUCCGAUUGAUGGUUUCAGACAGUUCCAAGAAUGGUACCUGGGUGAACGAGCAGCGGCUGGCCAAGGAAAGGUUUGAGGAACUGAAAGAUGGCCAUGUGCUGCGGAUUGCUGAUGUGGCGCGAUAUGCUGUUCGCCGCUUCAACACCAUGGGCGAGUGCCAAAGAGCCCUGCCUCCAGAAGAAGCGCCAGAGUUUAGAGUGCCCGCAUGUCCACACUUCCUCCGAGACAGUACCGCAAGAUCAUUGGUGGGACAGGGAACUGCUCAAGUGGUCAAUGGACACCCGGAGGACGUAGCGGAAGGUGAGAGAAAACGCCAGCGGGAAAAGUGGCAGAAGCUGAAGGAACCAGAUGUCAAGUCGGCUGACAAGAUCGCGAUGCUGGACAAGAUCGAUCCGGAGGUGGCGCAAGUGCGCGAGAAGAUCAGCAGCCAGCAGCAGAUCAUGAAGCAGAUCAAGGAGUCGACUGAAAUCACUUUGAAGGACUGGAUCCAGAGUCAACUCUCCGAGUUCUAUUCGAAGCUGAAGAAGGUGGAUACGUCAUCCCAAAAGAUCGGUCGGGAGGCCUCGCGGCUCAGGGACACUGCUGGGAAGCAACACGAGAAAGAGCUGCAAGCACUUCAGAAGUGGGGGUGGCGCAGCUGUUUUUUAUGUGGUGAAUCACUGGUGGAUGAGUUGCAGCAUGGUGCGGUGGCAUCCAGGUACCCUGUCAUGGCGCUGUCGCUUCGCCGUGUGGUGGCGUUGGCCGUGGUGGCGCUAGGUGUGUCGAGCCUGUCGGCCGCCAUUAGCUUCGUGGCCCUGGGUGGAAGGACGACCGGCCGGUCGCGGGUGCAGAUGCAGGCCACCCGAGCCAAUGACAAGAGUGACAACUUCAUUGACAAAGCCUUUACUGUCAUGACGGACAUAGUGGUCGCUGCCAUGCCCCUGGCGCAGCAGGAGAAAGACGCCUACCAAUUCUACCGUGAUGGCAUGCAGGCGCAGGUGGCUGGCGACUAUUCCGCAGCAUUGCGCGCAUACGCGGAAUCCUUGAAGUUGGAAGAAGAUCCGAUCGACCGAAGUUACAUUUUCUACAACCUUGGCAUCAUUUUUGGCUCCAACGGCGAGUAUGUCAAGGCUGUGAAGUACUACCAUUUGGCCUUGGACCAGAACAAGGAGCUGUGCCAGGCGUGGUAA